GACAGCUAAAAACCUUGUCCUCUGAUUGGACGGCAGAGCUAAAAAGCCCCGCCCACCCGGACCGGAGGUGACGUCAGGAAGGACGACGGCGAGGUCAUCCAGCCUCCGUCAAGCCGGUCGCAGCGACGCGCCAUCUUAGCUCCUCCACCGAAGGACACCAUGUACCCGAGUUGUCUGACGCAGCUGGCGCGGGCCAACCCGUUCAGCGCACCGCUGUUCAGCCUGCGGCGGGAGGACCAGGGCCCGCAGAGCCCGGCCCAGGGCCCGCAGGGGGAGCCCCUGCAGCGGGGUCGCCGCCUGGCAGCGGCCGCCGUGGCGGAUGAGGACGUGAGCUGCGAGUUUGGCUCCUCAAAGUACUAUGCCCUGUGUGGUUUUGGGGGCAUCCUGAGCUGCGGCCUCACACACACGGCAGUGGUGCCGCUCGACCUGGUCAAGUGCCGUCUGCAGGUGGACCCAGAUAAGUACAAAAGCAUCGGCACGGGCUUUAAGGUGACGGUCCGGGAGGACGGCGUCCGAGGGCUGGCCAAGGGCUGGGCCCCCACCUUCAUCGGCUACUCCAUGCAGGGGCUCUGCAAGUUCGGCUUCUACGAAGUGUUCAAGAUCUUCUACAGCGACCUCAUGGGAGAGGAGAACACCUACCUGUGGAGGACAUCGCUGUACCUGGCGGCCUCGGCCAGCGCAGAGUUCUUCGCCGACAUCGCCCUGGCUCCCAUGGAGGCUGUCAAAGUCCGUAUCCAGACCCAGCCCGGCUACGCCAACACCCUCCGACAGUGUGUCCCCAAGAUGUACGGCGAGGAGGGCAUCUGGGCCUUCUACAAGGGCGUGGUUCCUCUGUGGAUGAGGCAGAUCCCCUACACCAUGAUGAAGUUCUCCUGCUUCGAGCGCACCGUGGAGCUGCUCUACAAGUACGCCGUUCCCAAGCCCCGCAGCGAGUGCACCAAGGGCGAGCAGCUGGUCGUCACCUUCGUGGCCGGUUACAUCGCCGGCGUGUUCUGCGCCAUCGUGUCCCACCCCGCCGACUCGGUGGUGUCCGUGCUGAACAAGGAGACGGGCAGCACCGCCAUCGGGGUUCUGAAGAAGCUGGGACCUAAAGGUGUGUGGAAGGGUCUGGUGGCCCGUAUCAUCAUGAUCGGUACCCUGACGGCCCUGCAGUGGUUCAUCUACGACUCCGUCAAGGUGUACUUCCGCCUGCCCCGCCCCCCUCCCCCCGAGAUGCCCGAGUCCCUGAAGAAGAAGCUCGGCCUCACGGAGUAACCGGUCCCCCCCGAGUCCACACCUGCUCCCCCCCCACAACGACAGCAGUUUUCUAUAUUUAUGUGCUCGGCUCGCGCCGCCACUUCUCGUGUAUAUUUACCCGACGGCGGACAGAAGGUGGCGCCGUCCCGGCUCAACAAGAACGUUCCUGUAGAAACACCACUAUGGUUUAUGGUUUAUCGUCCUCAUUAGAACAUGUGGAGAUUCUAAUUAAACGAUUCCCUGGAA